AUGGAUCUUGAGGUUUUUGAAGAUUAUCCGUGGGGAAGAGUAGCAUUUAAAGGCUUGAUGGAUUCAGUGAAGAAGGCUGACCUUACAAAGACGUCAUACUACCUUGAUGGCUUUGUUGAGGUUCUUCAAGUCUGGAUCUACCACGCUCUCCCUGAAUUCGCAGCUGGUUACGGAGAUCCUGUGGAAGCAGAUCCUUUGGCAGGCACCCCGACUCCACCUCUGCUUGCCUUCUUAGGUGGCAAAGGCCGGAAACAUGGCAAGGAAAAGUUACAGAAACAGACUACCAUUAACACAUGUACUGUGAAGGAUUAUUCUGAAAUGUUUCCUCUCUGGGAUGAUGAAGUGGAAGAUAAAAAGGCUGAUAACAUUAUCGAGGCUAUUUUUUCCAGUGGAUGGUCAUGGAACCAAGCUCACUGGCCUGACACUGGAACCAAACUGUGGACAAGUGUGAAGGUUGAGUACAAAAAGGUGAAGACAAGCAAGAGGUCACUGUGCUCUGCUCCCACCGAGUCUGAGGAAGAAUCACCACGCAAGAAGGCUCGUGUGUCCCCUGGCCAGGAUACCUUGAAUGCAGAGAUAAAAGUUUGGCUCACUGCCAUGGCUUCUAGUAUGGUUGAAGGAUUGGGGAGAUGUGAGAGUUUGUUGACCACACAGGGCCGCAUGAUUGAGAGCCUUGCAAAAAAGGUAGAAGAUAUGGAGAAGAUUGUGGGUGGAGAGAAUUAUGAGGAUAAAAAAACUGAGGAAAACAAAGAUGACUUGUAG